UAGAAUCAUGGAGAGACUAGUCAAAGAUAACUUAAUCAAACAUAUGCUUAGCUGCAACAUCAUAAGUCCGAACCAACAUGGAUUCCUGAAAUCCAGAUCAUGUUUAACAUGUCACCUAGACUUCUUCAAUUUUGUAACCAGCAGUCGUGACAGACGGCAACUAGUACUUGUCAUCUACUUUGACAUUUCUAAGGCAUUUGACCGUGUUGACCAUUUACUGCUAACAAAUAAACUGAACUCCUUAGGAAUACGUGACCCAUUAUUAGGAUGGCUUAAAUCAUUCCUUAACAAUAGGUCCCAAAUAGUUAAACUCGGGUCUGCAACCUCCAAACCUAGCCCUAUCACUUCUGGUGUAGUACAAGGUAGUGUCAUUGGACCCCUCCUAUUUACACUAUACAUCAAUGACAUAUGCGCUUGCUUCACGCACGGGAAACCAUUCAUCUUUGCAGAUGACCUAAAAGUAGCUUAUACAUUCCAACGUGAUGACUUAGGGAACUUCGAGAAUGUAGUACAGAAGGAAUUAGAUAAAAUGGCUGCUUGGUCGUCCCUAUGGAAUCUCCAAUUUAAUCUGAACAAAUGUGGCUGGAUCUGCUUCGGUGCACCCUCAAUUGACCUGAAAUUAACGCUCCAAUCUGCUAACCUAACAAGACUCCGAAGUGUCGUUGACCUAGGCCUGAGGUACUCUAGUGACUUGACAUUCUCAGAGCAAGUAGCAUCACAGACUAGAAAAUCGAGGAUGCUCUUAGGAUGCAUACUCAGGAACUUUCACGACAAUGAAGCCAAGCUAAUUCUGUACAAAACAUGUGUCAGACCACUACUAGAAUACUGUCCAUUUAUUAUAAGCAGCACUCGCACACGUGACAAGCUAAGGAUGGAAAGUAUCCAACGAUAUUUUACCUCAAAACUGCUUGGCUACGAUUGUAAGAAAGACUACAUCUCACGGUGCAUGAUCCUAAAACUUGACCCACUUUGGACAAGGCGACUUAUUAUAAACCUAAUAUUCUUCUUUAAGGUCCUUCACAAAAUAUCUUUCUCAGGUAACAGGGACAUACAAUUCGCACAGGAAGGUUCUUACGAUCUGCGUAACCAAACUUCCACAGUGACAACUCAUUCUUUUAAGUCAACACUCCGUGAAAACUUCUUCACAGUCAUGUAUUCUAAAAUAUGGAAUAGCCUACCCCUAGAUGUCAGAACUUGCUCUUCGGUUACAAGCUUCAAACGCUCUCUAUACAGACUGUUUCACUCUACUGAUUAUAUUAAUAAACUAUUUACUCCUAGAACGAAUCAAGCACUAAUCUACUACAGCACCUAAAAGACGCACUUCAACACCC